AGUAGUACUGUAGGAAUGGGUACCUUAAACUGGGGUUAUUUUCAUUGCUUUCUACUAAAGUUUGUACUGUUAUUCUCCUGCAUAUGUGGACUCUCUGUCGGGUCGGAACUGAGGUUUGUUACAUGCGGAUCAGUUAUUAAACUUUUGAAUAUAAAACACAACGUCAGACUGCACUCUCACGACGUUCGUUACGGUUCUGGGAGCGGUCAGCAGUCUGUAACAGGCGUCUCUGCGAUGGAGGACAGUAACAGCUAUUGGAGCAUCCGCGGGACGAGCGAAGCUUCGUGCACCCGGGGUACACCUGUAAAGUGUGGGCAGACAAUCCGCCUGACUCAUGUCAACACAGGCCGGAACCUGCACAGCCAUUACUUCGCCUCGCCGCUGUCCUCAAAUCAGGAGGUCAGCGCGUUUGGCGAAGAAGGAGAGGGGGACCACCUUGACGAGUGGACAGUUCAGUGUGGGGGAUCAGUGUGGAAGCGGGAGGAAUCCGUCCGCUUCCGCCAUAAAAGCACAGAUGCCCUGCUGUCCGUGACGGGGGAGCAGUACGGGCGGCCGAUCCACGGGCAGAUGGAGGUCCACGCCAUGCCGAGUCCCAGCCAGCACAGCUUGUGGAAGGUGAUGGAGGGCAUCUUCAUGAAACCGAGCGACAGCCCAGCCGGCAGCCGGGACCACAGUCACAUUCACACAGAGUUCUGAACUUCCCCUUCUUUCAGCAGCUGCUUCCUCCCUUUUCAAUCUGUACGAGCAGCUACACUCAGUUAAAAAAAAGGUUUAAACUACAAUCUAAAAAGUGACCCAGACGCAUUAAAACCUUCUUUAUAUUCUACUUACUUUAAGCUUGAGGUCUCAGCUGUUACUUGACACUCUGCAGCUCAGGAAGCUGGUUUGGUGAACAUAUUCACAAAGUGAAUAAUGUGUUGCUGGUUAAACAAGAAAAAAAACUCACAUUGUUCUACAUGUGCCUUUAUCUGCAUUUACAUGAUGUGAGUCUUUGCAUCGCAAUUAAACUUUUUCUAUCUGUUUUUAUGGCAUUUAAGCCAUACUCGUCCUGAUCGGUUCUCCCACAGUGUUCCUAUUUUUCUAAAAGUUUUGGUGCUGCAUAUAAAUUAUUCCACACUGAUUAACUUGUGAGAAAAAAAAAUCUUCAGAUGAAGAGUAUUUUGUCUUUAAUUAUAUUGUUGCUUGUCAGUAUUAAAUGGGUUCCUAAUUCUCCGGAGAGUGCAGUGUUGUAAAUGCAAUUAUGUACGUAAAGUAUGUGCUUGAGUAUCAAAUACAUCAAACUGACAAUUAAUACCUCAUAAUAAAGAUUUUUUUUAAUGCA